CGAGAGACGAACGCGAGCUGAAGAGUGAAGCAACUCUGUAUGCCAUCCUCCCUUUUGGUGCCUUGAAUAAGGACAAGAUGGCGUGGAGAUCUAGCACACGUUACAGAGUUACUGUUGAUUAUGGCAAUCUAUCAUGUGCAGCUACUAGAAGUACACCAGUUACUUAUAAACUUUCCGUUUACCGAUUACUAUCUCCUGUUCCAGAAGAACGGCUAAGAAUUACCUGUGCUGAAGGAAAGCAGUUUUUCUUUUCAUAGACGUAGAAGUAAAUGAUCAUACAACCUCGUCCACCUUCGCUAUGUAAAUGGUUCAUUGACUUCGAAUUCUCAACGUUGGUUCAUCUCGAAUGUCUCUCGAUAAUGAUGAAAAUUUGGACAAACAUCUCAUCCAAAUCGCAAAAGAGAGUCCCGUCGUUCAAUUACUAGCACUUCAGGAAGCAGAUGGAGGUGGAGGGUGAGAUGCUGAAGAUGGUGAAGAAAAGGAGCAGUGCAUGUCUUUAAGGCGUUAGAAAUUUACAUCCACUGUACGGGACAGUUGCGCGCCUUAAACAUAGGAUGUAUGAUUUAGGACAUAGAACAGAAGUAUGUGUAUGUCUAAUUUCAGGACUCGAACUAGAAAGUUUCGCCUCUGUCUCAAGCGGCUCUACAAGAUAAGCAUCUUGAAUGAUUAUGUUGCGACGAGCAUGUCGACCGUCUUACCUCUUCUAAUGCCCCAACACACCAGUACUACAGUAUCUCCUAAAAUGCAUCUUGGUUUUUCGCACCUAAACUCUGCAGAAUCCAGUGAGGGGGAUUCAACACCUGGUGAUAAUGAGCGACUGCUUCCUAAGGAAAACGAUAAAAAUUGGACUACUAGUAGUGCAAAUGUUUACAAUAAGGGCAGUAGCAGUACUUCUGAUAUUGCUUCUUCAACAUCAUGGAACAACAUAAGCUCUCCUGGUCCGCUUAUAACACCUUCCUCGUCAAAAACUACUUCUAUGAAACCGCGACUUGACGAAGCCCGAAAGACAGCAGAACAGGACAUCGAACUUGGUUUGCGGAUCGAGAAACUGGCGUCUGACUUGUUGAAACAAGAGAAUCUAGACGGGAUCAAAUUCGAUCCUGAAUUUGAAAAUUGGCGCAGCAAGGUGUGGGAAGAGGCGCUUCGUCGGCAAGAAAUAGACCCCUUUCAAGAAGAAGGCGAUCAGCGAUCGUGGUUAUGGAAGGUCUUGUUGCUUCAGAGGCUUUCGCCCUUUACUUUACAUAACUUAGCAUUUCCACUGCUAGUACGAGAACUAGAGCGACAAGCACAACCUGAAAGUGAAAGUAAGUAAUUUCAUCCCGCCUCGUCUAACACCAGUCGUUUUGCGCCACAUCGAUGCAGAAGGAAAUGAGGUCGUGCAAGAAGUGGGUGACAUUUUUCAGAACGGUAAGAUCACGACCAAUCCGGUUCUUAGCGACUUCGCCCACAAUCCGAUCGUGAAAAGAUCUAGAAAAUUAUGAAGGGGUGCGCUGAUAAAAAUACACUGAAGAUCAUUUUUUCUGGAUAAUACUUAGUCGAAGAAGUCAUGGUAUGAAGAAAGCUACAGUAAAUCCGCAGUUUCUUCACCAUUUCUAAAAACUGGUAUAUUCACCUCUCUUGUACCGAGCAGUUUGCGAGACUGGUUUUCUUCGCGGUUCCUUUCGGCAAGUCCUGGAACACAGUUUAGGACAACCAGCAGUGAUAUCGGGGAAAUUCGGCGACCGUUCCCAGUUAUUCGUGCACUCGUUGGCGUGUCUCUGGUGCUGGUCGUGAUUCUGAUUGUGGUGUUUCAUCUAGGCGCUCGUGGUAUUUUGUUUAGCGGUCCUGGCGCUUCUUCUUCGAGAAACGAUUCAACUGCAAGUGGAGUAGCCGGUAGAAGUGCAGCGCCAGUCAUCGCACCCGAACUGCCAAGUACUGAGACAUCAGCUGAGCCUGUACCCAUUGCAACGGAGAGAACUGGUGGCCUUACUGUUGUGCAGGAGAAACAGCAAAAAGCUGGACGCGAUGCGAUGGCUGGUACGAGUGACGCCCCAUCCUCGGGCAACACCCUGGUUCAUCAGGUUAGCAGUGGUCAAGGAGGAGCUGAAAUUACAAGAGUGGCUCUUAGUCCUGCAACUGCAAGUAGUCCCUGAUUGUAGUUUGUUGUGAAUACUCGAGAAACUUAGAAUGUUGGAAGGAUAUGUCAUGCUGGAUAAGAAUUGGACGAAGUUUGAGAAUGGAUUUUGUGA